AUGGCGCUCUACGGAGCGCCAAUCAGGGCAGGACGAAUGACGGAACGCACCAAGGCCUUGAUCCGUCGGCCCCAGAGGGUGGUAGCCCAAAGGACGGUGGAUGCGAGAACCCGGGGAGAGCCGCCGGACCCCGAGGAAGACGAAAGAGUGGCGCGGGCAGCUAAGGAGCACCUGCGCCAACAGUGGAGGGACACUCUGGAGAAUGGCCACUAUGGCAUCCGAACCAUAGGAGCCAUCCUCCCGGUAAUGGAGGAAUGGUUGGACAGAAGGAGGGGGGUCCUUACCUACAGGGUGACUCAGGUGGUGUCCGGGCAUGGUUGCUUCGGCCACUACCUGCACCGCAUCGGGAGGGAGCCGAGCACCCAGUGCCUGGACUGUGGUGCGGACGAUGAUACGGCCCAGCACACUCUUCAAGAGUGUAAUCGCUGGGCCGGAGAAAGGGUCGCAGCCAUAGAGGUGGUAGACCUCUCGCUGCACAGCGUCAUAGCGGCGAUGCUGAGCAGCGAGAGGAAAUGGAAUGCGAUGGCCUCCUUCUGCGAACAUGUCAUGUCACAAAAGGAGGCGGCGGAAAGGGAGCGCGAAGCGGCGGCUGACGCGCUGCCUCUCAGAUGCAGACGGCAAGGGCGAAGGCGACGAGCGUUCGUACGCCAAGACCCUUAG